AUGGCAAGCCGCGGAGAAUUGAUCUAUCCUGAGGACGACCGGGUGUUUCUCAAACCUUACCUCCCUGUACCAGAUCGAUCGCAAGAUUCAAAUGUGCCUUUCGUCACGCUCACUUUUGCGACAUCACUGGAUUCGGCCUUGUCACUAGCCCCUGGUGUACAGACAGCAUUGUCAGGUCCACAGUCGAAAACUAUGACUCACUAUCUUCGCUGUAAACACGACGCCAUCAUGAUCGGUGUUGGUACAGCAAUUGCAGACGAUCCCAGCUUGAACUGCAGGGUUCAAGGUGUGGGCGGAUAUGGUGGUGAAGGCUUGACUGGUCAACCACAGCCUGUGGUUGUUGAUCCCCACGGAAGAUGGCAGCUGACUUCUAAGACCAAAAUCUUGAACCUCGCCAGAGAAGGACGAGGCAAAGCGCCAUGGAUCUUGACUUCACAGACGCCCAGUGUGGAGAAUGUCAAGCUGUUGGAACAAGUGGGAGGAUGCUACAUUGUGCUCAAUACACCAACGUCCACCUCUGAGAAGCCCACAAUGGCUUGGCUUGAUAUGCUUCGGGCGGUCAAGGACAGAGGUGUUGAGAGUAUCAUGAUUGAAGGCGGUGGUGUCAUUAUCAAUUCACUGUUGGCGGCGGAUAAUGCGGAUCUUAUCGACUCUGUGAUUGUGACCAUCGCACCUACCUGGCUAGGUCAAGGCGGUGUUGUUGUGUCUCCUCCCAGGACAGAAGGUAGUAGCCUGCCAGUCGCUCGUCUGAGACAGACGAAAUGGCAGCAAUUGGGCGAAGAUGUUGUUCUUUGUGGAGUCCUGAAGGCUUGA